AUGCCCUCCCUCAAGUCGCUCCUUGUCUGGGGCCUCACCUCCCUCUCGCCCGCUCUCGCCUCCCGCUCUCAACCUCGCGAUGCUGUCGACGACACCCACUCGCUGUCUCGCCGUGCCGAUAAGACGCCGAAAUACUUUAACGAAGCUGGCGGCACUCUCGAACUCGGCCACUACGACAAGCGAUUCUUCCACGACAAGGUCCCCUACGCCCAGCACCGCUUCGUCUUGCGCGAUCUCGCCCGCAGCUACAUCAGCACAAUGAACAGCUACGGCGUCGAGACGUGGUUGGCCCACGGUACCCUCCUCGGCUGGUGGUGGAACGGCCAGAUCAUGCCCUGGGACUACGAUCUCGACGUCCAGCUCACCAACACCUCCAUGCUGUGGCUCGGCGACAAUCUCAACCGCACCGAGCACGAGUACAACUACACCACGCCUGCGACCGGCGAACUCGUCUCCAAGCAAUACCUGCUCGACAUCAACCCCCACCAUGUCGAUCUCGACAGGGGUGACGGCAUGAACAUCAUCGACGCCCGCUGGAUCGACAAGCAAAACGGCAUGUACAUUGACAUCACCGUUCUGCGCGAACGUGAGGAGGAGCGCCCAGGUGUCUGGAGCUGCAAGAACAAGCACCGCUAUCACAGCCAAGACCUGUGGCCUAUGCGCAUUACUGAGUUCGAAGGCGUCAAGGCCAGAGUCCCCUACAACUUUGAAAUGAUUCUCAUCGACGAGUACAAGACCAAGAGUCUCGUCGCCGAGGAGUGGUCAGCACACCGCUGGGAUCGCGAUAUCAAGCAGUGGGUCAAGAUGGACCCCGAGGAGGAGAAGCAGCGACACCUCGAAGCCGUCGAACUGAAGAAGCAAGAACUCCGAGCACGCCCCUCAGUGGAAACCAGCUAA